ACUAACGCCAUUUCCUCAGUUUUCAGCUUUCCCACAUCUCUCUUCUCUGCUGCCAUUUGCUCGCUCUGCCACUCCCCCAUUCAUAUUCGAUCAAUCAAUCAAUUUAUCAGGCCAACAUGUCAGGAACAGGUGAAGAAAGUGUCCAAGAGAAAGUUGUUGUUGAUCAAGAACAUCAGGAGGUAGAGACUGGAGAUGCCGAGAAGAAUGAGGAACAUCAGAUGCCUUCCCCACAACAGCAGGAGGAAACAAUCAAGAAAAAGUAUGGAGGGAUUUUGCCAAAGAAGAAGCCACUGAUUUCGAAGGACCAUGAACAUGCAUUUUUUGAUUCUGCUGAUUGGGCAUUGGGAAAGCAAGGAGGCCAGAAACCUAAAGGACCACUCGAGGCACUCCGCCCAAAGUUGCAGCCGACAUAUCAGCAAGCCCGAUCAAGGCGCUCAGCUUAUGCUCCUGCUGAUGGUGAAGAUGCUUCCGGAAUGUCAGCUGAAGAUCCUGAUUGCGUUGGAGACGAUGACAACCAUGAAAAGGUCGUUCCUGAGGUUUAGAGCUGCCAAUAAUAAGUUUCUUCUGCAGUCAAUCAUGUAAAAAUGAAAAAAAAAAAAUACCUCCAUUGUUGGAAAAGUGAGAUACAGGAAUCCGGUUUCAUAUAAAUGCAGACCAUUCUGUUAUAAAAAAAACACAUACACAACUUAAGCUGAAACAACGCGUAAAUGAUUGUGUGCUGUGUACUUGGUUGAUCUACUUAACUGUGAAUGUAGUUGCAAGACAUGCUUAAGUUUAACUGUGAAUGUAGUUGCAAGAGGGUUUUCUAGCGUA